GAAGGAAGAAUGGAGUUUCCAGACCAUAGCCGCCAGUUGCUGCAGUGUCUGAGUCAGCAGCGUCACCAGGGCUUCCUGUGUGACUGUACUGUUUUAGUUGGAGAAGCUCAAUUCAGAGCUCACAGAGCCGUUCUUGCCUCUUGCAGUAUGUACUUCCAUCUUUUCUACAGGGACCAGUUAGACAAAAGGGAUAUUGUGCAUCUGAACAGUGACAUUGUCACAGCCCCUGCCUUCAGCCUGCUGCUCGAAUUCAUGUAUGAGGGAAAGCUGGAAUUCAACAGUCUCCCGGUCGAAGAUGUGCUGGCUGCGGCUAGCUACCUUCACAUGUAUGACAUUGUGAAAGUCUGCAAGGGCAAGUUGAAAGAUAAAGAAUUAUGUUCGGAAGAGAAGAUUAAUGAUGAGGCGGCUAGUUUGGAGAAAGCGGAGCAUUUUCUAGACGCCGGAGUGCCCCUGGUCCACGAGUUUGACCCAGGAAACAAACAAAAAUUCAGCGUUGCAGAAUACGAGAGAGCAGCAGGCAAAGAAAAGGUCAGCAGUCACCCUGCCUGGUCCUCUGAUCAUAUAAGUGUCAGCUCUGUGCCGACAGAGGCAGAACCGUGUGCCGCAGCAGCUGGAAAAACAAAGGCUAAUGUCAAUAGUUCCACAGGACCUUUGUCCCAAAGGUCUGUUAACCAUCCCCUGGCUUCGAGUGAUGUGGACUGUGCGCUGGAUUUGUCUUUCAAGCCCGUGCCGGGGAGAGAUUCCUUACACCCCUCCUAUGUCUUUGGACAGCUGGCUUCCGACAGCCAGCAGCAGGGUACCGAGCCACUUGUUAAAGAUGAACAAGACUUGCUGUCAGAUCAGGAGGACGGCGAAGCCAGGAGUCCGGAGAGUCAGCAUUUUGGGAAUUCAGCCAAAAGCCUAGUGACAGGGUUAGGACACAUGUUCGCGGGGAAUGGCAGCUCUCAUGCCCGAGAGGAGGAUGUAGAUCAAGAGCGAGACGAGAGCGAGGACGACAUGGAUUCGUCGGACAUCUCCUCCUCGGGCGUCCUCGUGCCUCCCGGGCAUAUCUGCAUUUGCCCCCUCUGUAGCAAGGUGUUCCCGAGCCCGCACAUCCUUCAGCUGCACCUGAGCUCUCACUUUCGCGACAAGGACGGUCGGCGCCCCCUUUCCCCCGACGGGUCCGUCCCCACUUGUACCCUCUGCGGAAAGACUUUUUCUUGCAUGUACACGUUAAAGAGGCACGAGAGGACUCACUCGGGGGAGAAGCCUUACACCUGCGGCCAGUGCGGAAAGAGCUUCCAGUAUUCCCACAACCUCAGCCGCCACGCGGUGGUGCACACCAGGGAGAAACCCCACGGGUGCAAGUGGUGCGAGAGACGGUUCACGCAGUCUGGGGAUUUGUACAGACAUAUCCGCAAAUUUCAUUGUGGCCUUGUAAAGUCCUUGGUUGUUUGAGAUGCGUGAUUUUUAUUUUUUUUUUAACCCCCUCCCCCCCCCGCCCUUUUAAAACAAAACAGGAAAAAAAGGCAGCAUCUGAAUUUUAAUUCUUUUUUUUCCUCCUUUCCUUUAUUUUAUUUUGGUGAUAUUCACUUCAGGUAUAUGUUCUUUAAAAGAUGCAGAGGUAAACGCUCCAGAGGCCUUUCAAUGCAGUCCUUCCACCUCUCCCCUUCCCCUGCCGCCCUCCCUUCCCAGCCCUGUCCUAUAGGUCUUCUCUUGCGCACCCAUGUUACAUUAUUAAUCUGAACUGAUCUAAGUAAUUCUGCAAUGAUUUAGCAUCUGUUUUCAUGCUGGAAGUAACUUGCUUCGUGGUCAGGUUUUUUUUUUUGGUUUUGGUUUUUGUUUUUUUUUUAGGGUUUGCUUUUUUUUCUUUUUAAUUUCGAAAAAAUUAUCAGCAAAUUCCGGAGAAAAAUUUGGAUUCCAUUAAGCUCCCCUGAUGCUCUCUGCGUGUUGCAUAGUAACAUCUGAAGAGAUGAACUAUGAUUUAAAUACAUUUCAGUGUAGAGAAACUUGUCUGCAUAUCGCAGAGUAAGCGGCCGUACUCUUAUUUUAUAGAGCUAGACAAGACCUUAAAUUGGCCCCAGUUGCAAAGGGGGUUGAGGAUUCCUGGCUGCGUCUUUGGUACUGGUCAUUUUUUAUUCUCUUUAUUAUAUUAGAAUAGUUCUGCAGUCGGUCCUAAAGUCUGAAUGAGAAGUUUUUGCCUCGGGACUUGACUUAAAUUUUCCCUUCCCACCCAUCCUCGUCUGUGGGCUGACCUACUGAAAAGCUGCUUUUGAGCAUAAAAUGUGGACGGAAAAAACUCUUUCUGUCUGCAGCGUAUUCACUCCCGAAAUGCUGAAGGAUGCGCACUAGGACAUACAAAAAAUCGUAUGAUACAUGAAUAACUCCCUUCCCAUAUCGACACCCAGGGGCUGAUCCUGUCCCCCUUGCGGGGGGGACAGCAGCCCUAAAGCAGCUCCUGGGGUGUCUUAGUUCAAGGUAACUCGUACCACGUGUGUUAGGAGAUGCCCUGCUAUCUUGUCCGAAAAGUUUGCUGCUAUGCUAAAAUAGGCAGCUCAGAAUUCUAUUUUAUUUUAUUUUUUAUGAAGUUGGUGAUUCCCUCUUGGCCAAAUUCUGUGCAAUCGCCGGUAUUUCAAAGGGGCAGUAUGAAGAUAAACUGCUGGAGGGAAAACAUGGCCCGACUUUUUCCCCCCAUGUCCUACCUUUUCGGGGGAGGUUUUUGGGGUCUUUUUCGGUGUUUUAUUUUAGUUGGUUUGUAAACUGAGGCUGCCUGUAACUCUAACCAGUUUUACUCCAAAUAACUCAAUUACUUGCUUAAUAGAGCAUCCUCUGGUCUGUGCAUGUCGGUAAAUAUCAGAUUAUUCCCUUCCAGUCAAAUUACCCAUUCAAGGUACAUGUACACGGGACUGAAAUAUAAUAAUAUCUGAGGGUUUUGAAUGUCGUUCUGCUGCGUUGGCGUUGCUUCACCAGCUUUCCUGACACUCCUGGAGUUGUUUUGUGAAACUUAAGCGUUUAUUUUAAAAUGAAUUUGAAGCACUGAGUGAGAUUAUUUUAAAAAGUUGUGCUUAAAAUGCUGUAUUUCAUCUUAUGAAGAAAAAAUUUCCCAAUGCCUUCCCCCUCUGGUCCAAAAACUGAGCACUACCUACAUAAAUAAUAUGGGAUUGAUUUUUUUUU